CUGCCACUUAGGAGAUGGAAGCGUUGCAGAUCUUUCUUACACGAAAACAUAGGAAAGUGGGAGGGGUACUAGCAGUCCAUAUUUAUAUAGUCAAAGGGUUAUAUCAUGGUAGAAAUGAGGUUGUGAACGACUAUUGCAAAGGCAAUCAGCAAUCUAGAAACAAAAAAUCCCCAUAUUUACUGAAGUUACUAGAAGGCUUCUUCCGUUUCAAGUAACCAUGGGAUUCUCGCCAAAUGCUCCUUCCUGAUCUUUUUACUUCUUUGGUCUGGCCAACAGGCCUCUAAAAAUGGCGGAUUUGGCCGCUAAAAUAUAAAGGCUCUCUGUAUAGAGUGCAUGUUUCUCUCAUGCUCCAGCAUAUGAAUGUGACAGAUGUGACUACGUGUUUCUUCAUUUUUCCUGUUAAUAGAAAAAUUAUAGAAUGCUUUAUUGCUGCGUAAAGAAUUGUUCCAAUUCUUGGAAAAAGGAUUACUCAUUGCAUUAUAUCCUAGAAGAUCCAGAAAGAAAACAACAAUGGAUUGAAAACAUUGCUCGACCUGAUUUAGAUGAAUCAAAAAAUUAUUUUGUGUGUGAAGUACAUUUUUUGCCCAAAAUGUGGGAAAAACUACGUAUUGAUGGUAAAAAAAAAUUAAAACAUAAUGCAGUUCCAACGAUUCAUAUAUGGAAUAAAGAUGAAAUAGUUCCUGCUUUAUCAAAUACUGAAAAUACCGUUACAUUAAAGGAGAACAAUGAAGUAGACAAUGCAAAACACUUGUCCAUUAAUAAUUUGACAGAGAAAGACGCAUUCAAAGAGGACAAGGAACCAGAACGUAUAAAUGUUCAAUCAGAUGAGCCAAUAAAUACACCAUUGUUAGUCCAACAAAUGGAAAUAAAUACGGCUAUAAAUGUUCAAUUAGAUAAGCCAAUAAAUACAUCAGUGUCAGUUCAAGAAAUGGAAAUAAAGCUUCUGAAGGCAAAUAUGAAAUUGAGCAAAUUAUUAAAAUCUGAAAUAAGACUGAAAAAACAAGUAAAAAAACUGAUGUAUGAAAAUAAAAAGGUAGUAAAAGAGAAUAAUAAUUUAAAAGUUAAAUACAAAAAUAUAUUUAACAAUGAUCAAAUUGAAGCUCUUUGUAAAUAUAAAUGCGCAAGAUGGUCCACUGCUAGUAUCGAAAAAGCUCUCCGCUUGAAAUUAUCAUGUGGUAGUAGUGGCUAUAAAGAAUUACAGAAGCAGAACAUUUCUUCACUAUCAGAAUGCACACUUCGAAGAAAAAUGAAGACUAUAGACUUUGAAACUGGUAUUUGUAACAAAGCAUUUGACAUUUUACGUGAACAAGUAUUACGCUUCACCGAUGAUCGAGACAAAGAUUGUAUGCUUGCCAUUGAUGAGAUGAGCAUUACCACUGGACAACAAAUUGUCACAACAACAGAUUUAAAUAUUGGUUUGUCGACUCUACCGGAUAAAUCAGGUAAAAACGAUGAAAAAUUAUGAAAGUAAUUUUGAAAGUAAAGUUAGUAAAGAGUAAAGUAACAAAGUAAUUUUAAAAAUAAAGAAAAUUAUGAAAGUAAUUAUUGUGCUAUGUGUACUAUUUUUAAAUUUAAUUUAUAUAUGAAAAUUCAUCCGCUCUUGUUUGCCUCGUUAUUUGUUGUUUGUAUUUAAUACCGAAAGCCUUGCAGAAUAUUUAUACUUAGAAAGUAAUUUUGUAAUAAACUGUUAAAAUUGGUACAUUUUAAAUAGGCAUAUACACACACACACGCACGCACGCACGCACACACGCACCCACGCACACACACACGCACCCACGCACAUACGCACGCACGCGCACACACACACACACACACACACUCACACACACACGUUAUAUGUGAUACCAUUAUUUCUUUUCUUGGUUUAUAAUAAUGUUUUUCUGGUUCUUUGGACAAUAUUAGGUCGUAUUAAAGGGGAAGGUUCCCAUAGCGCACAGUACUAUUGCACACAAACCACUCACAACCACUCAUUGCGCUUGAACAGAAGAAUAUCACUAGACACCAGCCGCUGUGAUUGGCUGUGUGCAAUAGUACUGUGCGCUAUCGGAACCUUUCCGUAUUAAAAAAGCUACUCAUUGUUUAGUUUUUAUGAUUAGAGGAAUUUUUACUCGAUGGAAAAUGAUUGUGGCCUAUUACUUUACACCUGAUAGUCUUGAGGUGCUUUAUUAAAACCCAUUAUAUAGGAGAUUAUUAAAAAAGUAGAAUCUAUAGGUCUAUACAUUCAUAGCAUAACUUCUGACAUGGGUCCUGUAAACUUAAAAAUGUGGAAAACAUUUGGUGCCAUUGGCAGCAAUAAAUAUUCUAAAAUUGUAAAUUGUAUACCUCAUCCUGUUGAUAGUAAUCAGAAACUGUUUUUUAUUGCUGACGCACCACAUUUAUUAAAAAACUUAAAAUCUGCUUUAUUGAAUAAUAAAGUAAUUGAAUUGCCUAUAA